AUGAUUAAACAACAGCAACCACAGCAACUUAAGGCACAAAGCACCCAGGUCCUUCAGACCAUUACAUACGCCAUAUAUGCAUAUAAUUCAAAGACGGCAGAACAAACGCAAAGGUUGAAAUAUGGAGAUUUGGAGAUAGUAUUGAAAAAUGACCAUUUCGAAUUCGUUUGCAAAGGUGGUGCAGUGAUAUCAAAUAUAAAAGAAAUUUUAUUUAUGAAUUCAAAAAUUAAAGGAAUAACGGAUGAUAUAACAUCAAUUCCACCAGAAGAACAAAGAUAUUACGCAUUAAAUGCAUUUCCUAAAGUUUUGAAGAUUGGAAGAUUUAAUUUAAAUGAGGAAUUCAUAAAAGGUUUCCUAAAUGACAUAAUGAAGAAAGCAGAUAAGGAAUAUGUGGCUAGUGAGUUAAUGAAGAAAGCAGAUAAGGAAUAUGUCAACAGUGAGUUAGAGAAGAAGGUAGAUAAGGAAUAUGUGGCUAGUGAGUUAAUGAAGAAAGCAGAUAAGGAAUAUGUCAACAGUGAGUUAGAGAAGAAGGUAGAUAAGGAAUAUGUGGCUAGUGAGUUAGACCUUAAAGCAGAUAAGGAAUAUGUUAAUGAAAAAGAUAAUGAAAUUAAAGAAAGGGUUGAAUGGUAUCAUGAAUGGGCAUCAAAGAUUUUAAAAACUAAAGCUGAUACAGGGUGGGUUUCAGGAUGUUUAGACCUUAAAGCAGAUAAGGAAUAUGUCAACAGUGAGUUAGAGAAGAAGGCAGAUAAUGAAUAUGUUAAUGGAAUAUACCAAAGUUUGAUAGGAACAACUAAAAAUAUUGAAACUAUUGUUGGUGACUUUUCUGUCAAUGAAGAAAAUAAAUAUUUUAGAUGGCAGUUUGUACAGUCCUUAAGAAAUGGUAUGCGGUGUAAACUCAUUCCGAAAAAUAACAAUGAAAUGUAUGUAAGCUAUAUAAAGAAUGAUGGUACACAAGUUAAAGUUCCAUUAGACAACAACUGUUACUUAAACUUAUAUGGAGACGAACAAAAGAAAUAUUUAAGAGUUUAUGAAAUGACAGAUAUGACAUUGUCUAACCUAGCUCCAGCACCAUAUUAUUAUGACUAUGGAGAUGACGUCAGAACACCACAUGUAGAUGAACAAAAGUUAACAUUAUAUUUAGAUUAUUAUAGAUAUAA